CCACCCACCCCCUCGCUCUCUUCCAUUAGGUCAUGUCUGCAAACAUGUCUUCGGUUAAGCCACUGGUGGAGCCGGGAACGGCUGUGGCGCCCGAGGUUGUGCCUGCCGAGUCCAAGCUCUCGUGGCUCCAGCUGCCGUCGUUUGCUCCGCUCAAUGCCCGAGCUGAUCGUAUGGCGUGCCGAGGGUGUGGACGGAAGAGCAAGUACUUCUGCCCGCAGUGCAAGGUGUUUAUGGGAGACAUCAUCGAUGGGACUGUCCCUCGUAUCGAUCUCCCCAUCGAUCUCCACAUCAUGCAUCAUCCCAAGGAGAAGCUGGCAAAGAGCACCGCUGUCCAUGCCGCUGUCCUCGCCCCAAACACAACCUACUUUCACGAGUUCCCGGACAUCCCUCGCUUUGAUGCUGGUGAUACUCUGCUGGUCUACCCGGAUCCGGCUGCUCCCACUCUUGACGAUCUUGCUGCUGCGGGGAAGCUCGCCAACUACACCCGCGUCGUCUUUGUCGACGCCCAGUGGCGUCAGUCGCGCGCCGUCAUGCGCCACGCCAAUCUACAGGACCUGCCGCGUGUCCGCAUGAACUCGUACGAGACUCUGUUCUGGCGCUACCAGCCGGGCAUGGACGCCACCUACCUCGCCACCAUCGAGGCCAUCUACUACUUUUACCGCGAGUACGCCCGCGCCGCUGCAGACGACGGCUCGUACGACGGCCGCUACGACGGCCUCAUGUAUCUCUUUGCCCACCAGUACGAGCUCAUCCAGGGUGUCUACAACUCGACCGGUGCCCGCUUUGGCCACAUCCCCUCGUUCCCGCGCAUCGCUCAGAACGCCGCCGCAGACCAGCCCGUCGACAAGCCGGCCGACAAGCACGUUGACACGCCGGCCGACAAGCCGGCCGAGUAGCCUGCCGAGUAGCUGGCCAACUAGCCUCAUAAAUCAAUCCGUCGUGUUGCGCAC